AAGGUUACUGCAGCCCACCACCACCUUCUCCUUCUCCCUCCCGGACCAGAAUACCAGAUACCAUUCCCUUCCCCCGGAAAAAAAGCCUAUAAACCAUCGCACCAGCCACCAGGCAAGGGCAGUCACAGAGGCAACAGCUACGAGCAAGAAACGCUCUAGCAAAGCAAAGGCAACGCAAAGCAUUUUCCGGCGAAGUGCUCUGGUCGGGACGAGCUUGCCGUACUUGCACUCUUGUGCUUCUCCCCUGUGAUAUAUAAGUUGUCGGAGGCGGGAAGCCAUGUCUGUCUCGUCCGCUCUGUCGUCAUUCCUGUACGGGUGCUUCUACCCCAUCGGCGGCCGCCACAACCACCGCGCCGGCGCGUACUACCACAGCAGCCACCCGACAAGCGCCGACACCCUGUACUACAACAACCAGGGCGCGCUGGCCGGGCGCAGGAUGGGCCGGAGCAGGCCGCUUUCGUUGCAGACUGUUGAGCUGAAGGUUCGGAUGUGCUGCUCGGGGUGCGAGCGGGUGGUGAAGCACGCGCUGACGAAGCUGCGGGGCGUGGACAGCGUGCAUGUGGAGGUGGAGAUGGAGAAGGUGACGGUGACCGGGUACGUGGAGCGGCACCGGGUGCUCAAGGAGGUCCGGCGCGCCGGGAAGAAGGCCGAGUUCUGGCCGGAGCAGCCGCUGCACUUCACCUGCAAGGAGGAGUACUUCCGCGACGAGGAGUCGUUCCGCCCCAGCUACAACUACUACCGCCACGGCUACAACGGCGACAAGCACGGCAAGCUCCACGAGCCCCAGCGCGGCUCCGACCCCGUCAGCAACAUGUUCAACGACGACGACGUCAACGCAUGCUCCAUCAUGUAGUGUAAAUCUCGCCGUCGUCCUGUGUGUGGGUGUGUGGGUGUGAUCAUUGUGCUCGGCGCCGGCGUGCACGCCUGCCGGCCGCCGGGGCCGGGGACGAAGUAGUAGCAGUGGUAGCAAGAUGGGCAAGUGGAGCAUGCGCUCGUGUAAGGAUGCUUAAAGCGCGGUGGUAUGGAAUGAUCAGUGGUGCCCUCUACGGGUUACACGACGUA